ACACACACACACACAUAUCCACACACACAGCCUCCUACACACACACGCGCGCAUGCAUGCAUUCUGUGCUGAGCACUAGCAAGGAGCUUUAAAGCGUUUCACCACAAACUCAGACAAAGGCGCCCUAACCUGCCACGAUGGAGGAGAACAUGGAUGAUUCACAAAGCCAGAAAGGUUGUAAGGAGUGCUGUGAGCGAUGUGUGGGCAGUCUGCCCUGGGCUUCCCUCAUCGCCACCAUCCUCCUCUACAUGGGCGUGGCCUUGUUCUGUGGGUGUGGCCACGAGGCUCUGAGUGGCACCGUCACCAUUCUGCAGAACUACUUUGAGGUCAUGAGAAGCCCCGGACAAACGCUGGACGUCUUCACCAUUAUUGACAUCCUGCAGUACAUCAUCUACGGCCUGGCAGCUGGAUUCUUUGUCUUUGGAGUGCUCCUGCUGGUGGAAGCCUUUUUCACCACUGGAGCCAUUAGGGAUCUGUAUGGAGAGUUCAAGAUCACGGCCUGUGGACGCUGCCUGACUGCAUUUCUGAUGUUCCUGGCCUACGUCUUCUUCCUGGUCUGGCUUGGUGUGACGGCCUUCACCAGCCUGCCGGUCUUCAUGUACUUCAACGUGUGGUCCAUGUGCAAGAACACCAGCUUGCUUGAGGGUCCUAAAUUCUGCGUGGACCUACGCCAGUUUGCAGGAGCCGUGACCAUAUCUGAGGAGAAGAAGCUUUGCACUGGAUCUGGGAAGUUCUUGCAGAUGUGCGAAUCCAACGAGCUGGACUUGACCUUUCACCUGUUUGUGUGUGCACUGGCGGGCGCAGGGGCGGCUGUGAUUGCCAUGGUUCACUUCCUGAUGGCGUUAGCUGCUAACUGGGGCUACCUGAAGGAUGCCAGUCGGAUGCAGAAAUAUGAAGAUAUCAAGUCGAAGGAGGAGCAGGAGCUGCAUGACAUCCAUUCUACACGCUCCAAAGAACGCCUCAAUGCCUACACAUAAACACCAUACACACGUUUACCCGAGACACACACACACACACACACACACGCACACACACGAUGGUCCGAGACACACACACAACAUGCAUACAAGGAUAGCAGAAAUAUACACAUCAGUCAACUGAAAAGGGUUGAAAGACACUGAAGUCCUCCUUUGUCCCCAGCUGAUCUUUUGCUGAAGUGGUCUGUGCUGACAUGCCAUUUUUUGUUUGUUUGUUUUCUUUACUGGGAAUAGUACUAAUCUUAAAUUUGACAGAUAUUUACCCAUCAUUCCUUCAGUCCAUCAGGAAGGUGAAGUAUUAGGGGGCCAAAAGUCCUUUUUUUGAGAAUGCAGUAGCUGGAUGUGCAACACUAGCAAGUCUCGAAGUAGAGACCCAUCCAUCCAAAUCAAAAUGAAAAGAAAUACCAAAAAAAAAAGUCAAAGAUUCCAAAGAAAUGUCCCAACGACUGUUGUUUUUUUUUUUUUUAAAAGAUCAUACCUACUUUUUCUAAUAUGUAACUUUUAAAAAGUCAUUGGGAAACAAGCACAGGAGUACCUCAACUUACAAGCUUAAUUGGUUCUGUGGCGUAGCUCUCAACUCGAAACACUUGUCUCUGAAAUCAAGUUAAAGUUAAAGUACCACUGGUGUGGUUGAAUUAUCCUCUACAUUUGACCCAUCUCCUUGUCCCACCCCCUGGGAGGUGAGGGGAGCAGUGAGCAGCAGCGGUGGCCAAGCUCGGGGAUCAAUUUUGGUGAUUUAACCGCCAAUUCCCACCCUUGAUGCAGAGUUCCAAGCAGGGAGGUAAUGGGUCCCGUUUUUAUAGCCUUCGGUAUGACUCGGCCGGGGUUUGAACUCCUGACCUAUCGAUCUGAGGGCGGACACUCUAACCACUAGGCCACGGAAGUCAACAGUGCAUUUUGAACGUGCUUUUUAAAAAGAGACUUUCAGAAAAUAAAUAUUGUAUCAAAUCAAUACAAUAGAAUGUACUACUAACGACUACAGUAGUUUUAUGAAGUAAUGUAACAAUAAUGCACAUUAUUUACCUUGACGAGUGGACUUCAUCAAGAUUCAAGAUUGUUUAUUGUCAUAUGCACAGUUAAACAGACAGUUUGCCGUACAAUGAAAAUCUUACUUUGCUAGUCCACCCUUCAACAAGUCACACGGUAUUUAGCUAAAAUAAAAAAUACAAAUACAAAUGUAUAUACAAGGUACAGAAAGUAACAUAACAUUAUUGCACAUUCUGAUUGACAGUCAACAGUAUAAAUAUGGAGGUGACCUUGGGUCACAGCAGCAGUUAAAGUAUCUUUAGUGAUCAAAAGUGUCUACAGUGAUGGUUCACAGUUCGGGGGUGGUCAAUCAAUCAAUCAAUGUUUACUUAUAUAGCCCUAAAUCACGAGUGUCUCAAAGGGCUGCACAAGCUACAACAUUUCUUGCCCACAUCAGGGCAAGAAAAAACUCAACCCAAAGGGAGAACAAUGAGAAACCUUGGAGGGGACCGCGGCUUCUACAGUAUCUCCUUCCAGUUUGGUCAAACACACCAUCUGCAACAAUGUUUUCAUGGAUAGACGUCCGCCGUUGAGCUAUCAUUCAAACGUCAUUGCCUGGUGUUAGACUCAUUCUGUAGUUCACACACUUCCUUUCUUCCCCUGGUUAGAAAAACAAAGUUAUGUUGAUCCCUCGCUAUAAGCCAAUGCUAGCAAGUAAAACGGUCUGAUUUUACGGGUAAAACUCGAGUUUUAGCCCGGAAACAGCAAUCUUAAAGGCCUACUGAAAUGCGAUUUUCUUAUAUAAACGGGGAUAGCAGGUCCAUUCUAUGUGUCAUACUUGAUCAUUUCGCGAUAUUGCCAUAUUUUUGCUGAAAGGAUUUAGUAGAGAACAUCGACGAUAAAGUUCGCAACUUUUGGCCGCUGAUAAAAAAGCCUUGCCUCUACCGGAAGUAGCAGACGACAUGCGCGUGACGUCACAGGUUGUGGAGCUCCUCACAUCCUCAUUGUUUACAAUCAUGGCCACCAGCAGCGAGAGCGAUUCGGACCGAGAAAGCGACGAUUCCCCCAUUAAUUUGAGCGAGGAUGAAAGAUUCGUGGAUGAGGAAAGUGAGAGUGAAGGACUAGAGGGCAGUGGGAGCGAUUCAGAUAGGGAAGAUGCUGUGAGAGGCGGGUGGGACCUGAUAUUCAGCUGGGAAUGACUAAAACAGUAAAUAAACACAAGACAUAUAUAUACUCUAUUAGCCACAACACAACCAGGCUUAUAUUUAAUAUGCCACAAAUUAAUCCCGCAUAACAAACAUCUCCCCCCACCCGUCCAUACAACCCGCCAAUACAUCUCAAACACCUGCACAACACACUCAAUCCCACAGCCCAAAGUACCGUUCACCUCCCCAAAGUUCAUACAGCACAUAUAUUUCCCCAAAGUCCCCAAAGUUACGUACGUGACAUGCACAUAGCGGCACACACGUACGGGCAAGCGAUCAAAUGUUUGGAAGCCACAGCUGCAUGCGUACUCAUGGUAACGCGUCUGCGCACCCAACUCAAAGUCCUCCUGGUAAGAGUCUCUGUUGUCCCAGUUCUCCACAGGCCAAUGGUAAAGCUUGAUUGUCAUCUUCCGGGAAUGUAAACAAUGAAACACCGGCUGUGUUUGUGUUGCUGCAGUCGGCCGCAAUACACCGCUUCCCACCUACAGCUUUCUUCUUUGCUGUCUCCAUUGUUCAUUGAACAAAUUGCAAAAGAUUCACCAACACAGAUGUCCAGAAUACUGUGCAAUUUUGCGAUGAAAACAGACGACUUAAUAGCUGGCCACCAUGCUGUCCCAAAAUGUCCUCUACAAUCCGUGACGUCACGCGCUGACGUCAUCAUACCGAGACGUUUUCAGCAGGAUGUUUUGCGCAAAAUUUAAAAUUGCACUUUAGUAAGCUAACCCGGCCGUAUUGGCAUGUGUUGCAAUGUUAAGAUUUCAUCAUUGAUAUAUAAACUAUCAGACUGCGUGGUCGGUAGUAGUGGGUUUCAGUAGGCCUUUAAGUUGAGGUACAACUGUAUAGAAGGGUUAUGAUCCAAUAAUGUUGUUGGUCAUCAAAUUGUUGGGUUAAUUCUAAAGUAAUUAAACAGAGUUGUGUGUUGAACACAAAUGUCAAUAUUAAAGCAAAUAUUGACUAUUCCCAAAAAGUCAACAUUGAAGCAACAAUCAGCCUGAGACAUGGAAGACCGCAGUGUCGAUGUUGACCUUUUCACUGGGGGGUGGGUGACUUGUAACCCCCUGCAUCAAGCACACGUACAGUACAGUACACUUACACAUACUGUAUUUGGAUGGGUGGUCAGUGUCGUGCGGUGGUGUUAUGCUGUGCUAUGUCGUUUCACCACAUGUUGAUGAGUGCUAUAUCGCAGAGGAAUAAGGUCCGCGGGAAGUUUGAAGUCCAAGUGGGUAUAGCUCGGCUAACUCCUGGACUCUCCUCAACCCCUUUUUUCCCCAACUCUCUUCCGGAGCCCAAUUUCAUGAAUUUUUUCCUGGAUGUAUCACAACUGCCAUUUUGAUUUUCAACAAAAUGCACUCAAUUAGGCAGGUUGAAAUUGUUGAUGGAUGAGACACGUAAGAACAAGUUUGACAAGUUUGAAUAUUCCGAACUUGUUGGACUCAGACUACAAUAGCACUUCCAGUAAGUGUAUUUCAAAAACAAGCGUGCAAUUGGGCUUCUCGUUCUCCCUCUCUGCUGAUCUUUGUACAAACUAUUGGUCGGUCCACAGAAACAGCACAUCUUAGCAGCACAAAAUCUUUUUCGACGUCAUGUCAUUGUCAUAAAUUGUCGUUUUUUUCCUCACUUUUUUGCAAUUUUUGCCACCGUUUUUACCAGCAUUGUUAUCGUGUCAUUUUUGGCAUCGGGGCUACGUGGAGAUUGCACGUAUCUCGGGGGGUUGGGGGUUUUUGGGGGCGUAGGGGAUCGUUAUCACUUUCACAGUUUCAUGUGAUUCUGCACACACAAAUACACAAACACACACACACACAUGUUUUGUGCGUAAACACCAAUCAUUGCGGGAGUUUGAUUCUAAGAUUUUAACCAAAAUGUCUCUUUUGUCACGAGGUGUAGUCAAUUCCUCACUGGAAAACACAAUAGUGAGAGGAGAUAGCUGUGAACUGACUUAUAAUUGUUGUUUAUUCUACUAUUUUGUAGUGUUUCACUACAAGUUUGACUUAUGUUUGAAUAUUGACAUGCAUUCCCCUCUUAUGAAUUAAGAUCUAAAUAAGAAAUGUUUCCCAAGGCUUGCUUAAUAUGAUAAUUAGUGAUGGGUCCAACUAUACUGAAGCAUCAACACAUUGUUGUGUGUGUUAUUCACCUAAAGAAAGAGUGCCACUUUUGACGCCGCUUUUCGUCGCCAUCAUCAAUCUGAAUGGAACUACGAAAAAGAAAAUUAAUUAAAAUUAAUAUAAUAGCGCCAAAAUAGGUAAAUGUUCUUUUCCUAUGUAAUACUUUUAGUUUCAUAUUAGUUUUCUACACAUCUAUUAGUUUAAAAAACAAUUAUAUUUGCUAAUAAAUAUUCAUUUUAUUUGCAUGCCAAAUGUAGUGACUUUUUAAUCCAGCAGAUGGCACUAUUACGAAAAAGUAACAAUGCCGUGUCAAUACAGCCAGUGAGUGUGCCACAUACUCACUAAGGCAGGGGUCGGGAACCUUUUUGGCUGAGAGAGCCAUGAAAGCCAAAUAUUUUAAAAUGUAUUUCCGUAAGAGCCGUAUAAAAAAUGUUAACACUGAAUACAACUAAAUACGUGCAUUUUUAAGUUAGACCAACAUUUUUAGAGUAUAAUAAGUUUCUUAUUAUUUUUAAUAACAGUGUUAUUGUGAAGCUAACCAAUAAUAAAUAAAAUACUUCUUACCAUUAAUGCGACUUCUGGUGCUGCAUGGUUUUGCUGAUGGCUUUGUAGUCUGGUUGAUACGUGGUUAUUUUUAACACUGUACUUACCAGCGGAAUUAUUCACUACUUAUCGUGUUAAGCAAUGUCAGCUAGGAUUUAUCUGAGAGCCAGAUGCAGUCAUCAAAAGAGCCACAUCUGGCUAUAGAGCCAUAGGUUCCCUACCCCUGCACUAAGGCGUCAUUUACCCAUCACUAAUAAUAAUAUGUAAAAAUGAUAACAAGGGAAGGUAAAUCUCUAUCUGCCAGUAGAGAUGCUUGAACUAAUUAAUGCAGGGGUGUCGAAGAACCUCGCUAAUAUGUUCGAUGAAAGGUGGCAAAUGUAAUGAUCAGGGCUCGGAAAUGUAACGCACUAAUGUAUGUGAUUAAUCACAAAAAAUGAUCGCAUGAAUCAAGUAUGAACCCAGAUUGAUCGCGCAAUGUAUUUUGACCACAAAUGCUAUCUUGUGUUACCUGAAAAAAAACAUAAUAUGCAAGGUAAAUUGCGUAAGUUAUACGUUCUAUGAAAGGUGGGAAAUGUAAUGAUUAGGGCUGUCAAAGUUAACACUGUAAAGUAUUUGAUUAAUCACAAAAUUAUUGCAUUAAUCAUGUAUAAACGCAGCGCAAUUGAUUUUGACCACAAAUGCUCAUUUAGCCUAUAAUUACUUGAAAGAAAAAAUAAUAUGCAAGCUAAUUUGCAUAAAUUGUAGCGAUGGAUUUUCUUAUUGAAUCUUAACAAGUUUACAAUAUCACCUGAAAUGAACAGAUGAUUGAGAACGCUACUAGCACAACGCUUUUGUGGAAACUGCGAUUAAUUGCGAUCAAUCAACAUUGAAAAGUGUUUUUUUUUUAAAUAAAUCAUUUGACAGCAACAAUAAUAGUGCAAUAUCAAUAUUUUUAAUUUGGUAUGUUCAAAACAAGCUAAACCAAUAUAGAUAUGCAAAUAAAUUCAAUAGAAAACAGACAAGUAUUAUUAUUGGUAUUAAAGGUAUCAACUCGACUAUCGUUACAUUACUCCUUUUUGCUGCGUUCAAAUUUUUAAAACCAAUGUUUAAUUGUAAGUUUAUAUUAAGAUGCCACCAGCCAAUGAAAAACAAGCAGGGAGCCACAACUAUUGGUUUUUUUGGGGGGGUUUUUUUGCCCCUCGUUCCUCCUCAUGGUGCCCACUUGUUUACACACAUACUGUACUGUGUUAACUUUAUUCCGAAAAAAUCCAGCACAGAUGGUGAAGCGCAUCGGUAGUCAUUAAGGCAGAAAAUAGCAGAAGUUCCCAAGUUUGACCUUAUUUUCUACAAAUUGUAUUUUAUUUUGCAAAAAAAAAAUGGCCCUCGUUUUGGAAAAAUUCCCCUAAUUUCUAAUGCAAAUUUUUACAGGUAUGUGUAAAUGGCUAGCGGGAUUAAUGACUUUCUGACGAGACAACAAGCAAGAAUAUUCACACACACACAAACACACACACAUACACACACACACACAACAAGCCGAUCAUUGCCAUCCCUCUGAGCCAUAACUCUUUUACUGAUCACCAAACAUUUCACUAUUUUACUAACAACUUUUAUUCCUUUCAUUUUUAAAAUAAUGUGAAGUCAUUUAAAUACAAAAAAAUGUGUUUUUUUUCCUCAGCAGUAUUAUGCUGUUUAUUGUGUAUAAAGCUAUACAGUACAUAAAUGUGAAAAAGCCGAGAGAGAGAGAGAGAAGAUGAUUCCUGAUAGGAUUUGAUUCAGAAUCAACAUCCAAACUGCCUUUACACACAUACACAAACAAAAUAGUACUAAAGUUUACCAGAUAAAUUACACAGAAUCCUUAUGGAUUGUAAAUGUUCAUGCAAAUUGCAGUAAAUUGGGUGCAAGAUGUCUAAAAGUGAGCCAAUUCAACCUUAAAUAAAAAGUUUUUUCCCAGAUUCAACAUUGGAUACAUAGGAAGUGUACUACCGUGUGUGUGUGUAAACGCUUGUAAACAAAGAGAGGACUGAUGGUGUGUUCAGGUUCAGUCAGUAUUUUUAAGGGUCUAGUUUUACAGUAACGAUAUUCUUUCAUUUCAUUGCCUGACAAUGGAUGUCUUGUCAGUGUUUUUAACCUCAGAUAAAAAAAAAAAAAAAAGAGUUGUUUUUGUGCACUUAUUGGCCAUUGUGAGCUCUCUAUCUCUUAUUCUUGGUGUGUGUAAGUGCAUUGACGUCCCCCUCGGCGGGGACCCGUGUAUAGUCUUGCAGCACUGGUUAUAUAACCUGAAGAAAUAACAAAGAUGAAAAAUCUGUUCAUUCAAAUGAAAGAAAAAUCUUAUUCUUAGGUUUAAAAAGAAAAAAAAAAAAAAAAAAAAGACAGUGAAUCUAGUUGUUGUUUGUGGCAUGGUUAUGCAUUCAAGUGGUCAUAAUUUUAACGAUGAAACAGUAUUGGAAAAAAAAACAAAAAAAAAACAUUCCACUGGCGCUGUUCUGCUCUUUUUUUUUUUUCUUUUUUUUUCAUUCUUUAGCUCGCAGUAUUGCAGUCGCUGUUGCUAAUGGUGUUGCUAAGCUCGCUAGCCUGUUUCGUUGUCUACCACCAGAGCAAUAUAUUGUACCAGUUGGACCAAAAUAUAAAUAAAUAGUAAUCCUAACCUUACAUUUUUGGCAUACAAGUGCAUGGCAAAACAAUGCAAGUCGUACGUGGUAUGAUCCAUGGUGUUAUUUAUCGGUUGUUUUUUACAGAUCUGCAGCUGUGAUGUAAUGUAUUGCUCUGGACGCCCGUUACUCACCAAUCAGCUCACAUCCUUGACACUGCAACUCAUGAAUCGUGUCGUCUUCCUGUCCUUGGGACGACGCGUUUACCUAGCGAACAAGCACAAGGUCAAAGCGACAAAUACACAACUGCAGCUCGUAAAAAGGAUAUUAGAUGACAGUGGUAUCAGCACCUCCAAGUCCGAGUCCGUUGUCCACACGUUUAAGUCAGGACUUUGGGAAGGCCGUCCUAAAACCUUAAUUCUAGCCUGAUUUAGCCAUUCCUUUACCACUUUUGACGUGUGUUUGGGGUCAUUGUCCUGUUGGAACACCCAACUGCGCCCAAGACCCAACCUCCGGGCUGAUGAUUUUAGGUUGUCCUGAAGAAUUUGGAGGUAAUCCUCCUUUUUCAUUGUCCCAUUUACUCUCUGUAAAGCACCAGUUCCAUUGGCAGCAAAACAGGCCCAGAGCAUAAUAUUACCACCACCAUGCUUGACUGUAGGAAUUGGUGUUCCUGGGUUUAAAGGCCUCACCUUUUCUCCUCCAAACAUGUUGCUCGGUAUUGUGGCCAAAAAGCUCAAUUUUUGUUUGAAAAGGGUGGAGUGCCAUCUCCGGGUUGGGGAGGUUACCUUGCCCCAAGUGGAGGAAUUCAAGUACCUCGGAGUCUUAUUCACGAGUGAGGGAAGAGUGGAUCGUGAGAUCGACAGGCGGAUCGGUACGGCUUUUUCAGUAAUGCGAACGCUGUAUCGAACCGUUGUGGUGAAGAAGGAGCUGAGCCGGAAGGCAAAGCUCUCAAUUUACCGGUCGAUCUACGUUCCCAUCCUCACCUAUGGUCAUGAGCUUUGGGUUAUGACCGAAAAGACAAGAUCACGGGUACAAGCGGCCAAAAUGAGUUUCCUUUCUUAGAGAUAGGGUGAGAAGCUCUGUCAUCCGGGAGGAGCUCAAAGGAAAGCCGCUGCUCCUCCACAUCGAGAGGAGCCAGAUGAGGUGGUUCGGGCAUCUGGUCAGAAUGCCACCCAAACGCCUCCCUAAGGAGGUGUCAUGGGCACGUCCAACUGGUAGGAGGCCACGGGGAAGACCCAGGACACGUUGGGGAGACUAUGUCUCCCGGCUGGCCUGGGAACGCCUCUGGAUCUCCCGGCAGGAGCUGGACGAAGUGGCUAGAGAGAGGGAAGCCUGGGUUUACCUGCUUAGGUUGCUGCCCCGCGACUCGAUCUCGGAUAAGCGGGAGAUGGAGUAUCGAAAUAAGCUAAAGUAAAAAAAAAUAGUAGUCGGUAGGGGUGUAACGUAUACGCCGCCAUCUUACUGCAGUUUUAAUGGUGUGUUCCAUUGGUACUGGGGAGUCGGAAUUCCAAGUUCCAAGUCGGAAAUUUCAACUGGAGUGACCCCCGAGGUCGGAUUUCUUGCCAAACUUGGCUUUCAAAGAGGGCUUCUCUGAGUGUAAUCAAUAAUAGAAGCUUUCGUAAAAUCCGUCAUUUUUACUUCCGACCAUUUCUAUCGCACUAGUCAGCCACAUACGAUGUAUUGUUGGACUUAUAUUUAUAUAUAGUAAUGUUAUUGUUGUUUGAAUUACCUUUUUUUUUCCGUUUGGUAUAUGCAUGUACAUUGCAAUCAAUGGCAUCUCUGAAUUGUUUCCAUCCACUGUGAUUGAAGUUUGCAGAAGGAGCACAUAUUUGUUCAGAAGUUGUUUAUAGAAUGGCUUUCGUGGAUGUGGCCAUCUUGAGUUCCGACCUCGUAAAAGGAACGCCAGUAACUGAGACGUCGUCCACAUUUCCGACGUACAACUUCCGAGGUUAGCUUAGCUUGUAGCUUCGUUCCUCAUCUCUACUGAACAACGGCGGCACACUACUUUCGUCUUAUCGAUUUUUUUUCGUGUGCGUUCUACCGAGAAUUCCGGCCAAUUAGUACAGAGGACGCUCCUCAUUGACACGACUGCUAGCCAAAAAGUGUUAACGAGUAAACUCAUGGCGCGACAAACACUUCCCGUUCCACACGUUUUCAGGAAAACCGUACGUCUCUGAACCGAACUUUCUGCACAUCGAAAUGAAAUUAGAAAUGUAGCGUUACACCCAUACUUAGGCUGGCAACAAGAUGGCGUAAAGAAACAACACAAUAAUGAGAUUAUUGAACUGUAGAAGAGGAUGUGAGCUGUUUGCGUCUUGUUUGUUUGACUUUUCCUGUUCUAUCCACAACUUCUUGUUAAAAAACAAAACAACAACAAAAAAACUAUGUGUGUAUCGACACAAAUGAUAAUCCCACGUCCUUCUUGUCUGUCCACUGCUGAACUGGACUCACACUCUUCCUCCAUCCUGCUUUGUGUUGUGUGGGAUUUCAGCAUGAAGCAAAGCUUCCAAAAAAAACAAAAAAAAAACCUUAAACAGAAUUCCUGAUGUGCGGCUCUAAAAGGUCGGCUCUGAAUCAAGGAUGAAAAAUCGGUGCCUGGAUAAAUUGAGCUCUUGUCCAUCAUGAGCUGGACAGUAGAUAGACAAGCUGAGUCUGCAACCUUCCCCUAUCUACACAUAAUCAGGUCGGACAUUUUGGACGUAGGGAGAUGUGUUUUUUUGUCUCCAUCGUAGAUUUUUGUACUCCACUCUGGUUGCUUCGUAGCUUUGUUCGAUUCACUCCCCUAUUUUGUACAUAUCUGUGCCAAGAGCUUGGGCAGACAGUGGCUUUUUUUUAUUUGUAAAGACAUAAAUUUGCUUGCAUAUAUAAAUAAAAUGAAAUACUACACUUGUGUACUUGUUAAUAAGGAAA